CUGCUUGCAGUCUGGCAACGCCACGAAAGUCGAGUUGGCAUUUGAUUUGAUUGCUGCGUUCGGAUCGAAAAAAUUCCAUAUUUCAUUGUUUAACUCCCAAGAACGUCAGCAAACAAGUAACUUGUAUAAUAUUUUAAGUUAAAUACUGCCGAACACAGUGCCGUACCAAGUGCGUGUAAAUAAACAAGCGAUUUGUAUCCAACAUGUUGCACAACAAUGCGCCCUGGCUGCCACCGCAUCAGCAGCAGCAGCAGCAACAGGCGCCGCAGCAACAUCCUACUCCCCAGCAGCAACAUGCAAUGCCCCAACAGCAGCAAACUCAUCCUGCCCAGCAACCGCAGCAGCUCUAUGCCAGCCAAAUGUUCCAGCAACAGCAGCCAAAUUAUUGGCCAGAGGAUCAGCACCAACAGCACCAACAGCAGCAACAGCAGCCGCAACAAUCUCUGAACUACAAUAACUACUUUGCGGGACAGCAGCAGCAGCAGCAACAUCCUUUGCAGCAGCAGCAACUGCCACCGCAGCAGCAACAGCCUACGCAGCAGCAACACGCUAUGCAGCAGCAACUGUAUUAUCCCACUCACCAGCAGCCACAAGUCCCGGCUCCAGCGGAACCAGCUCUGGACUCGUUUGACAACAAUAAUAGCGGAGGAGGAGGUGGUGGCGGCCGGAGCGAUGGCUGGGGUGAUUGGGGCGAUUGGAACGACAAUAGCAACAACAAUAUUAGCAACGGCACCGAAAGCCUGUUAGAGCCAACUGGACAACUGCUGGAGGAUUCCUUCAAUGUGCAAUCUUCGCAAGGCAGUUGGCAGGCGUUUGCCACCAGCAAUAAUGUCAAUAACAAUGGCGAGCUGCCCUCAGCAGCGGAUCCGCAGGCAGCGCCCUUGCAACAACAGUCAUUCAAUGAGCAAUCGACACCUUUGUUGCACCAGCAGCCACAAUCGCCGCCGGAACUGGGGCAGGAACCCGAACUGGAUGCCAUUGUGCCUCCCCAGGCUUUCCAAAACCAGCCACCAACCGUAGCACCACCACCAACAUCACUGACUGCGUUCUCCGCACCAAUGACUGCUGUGGGAUCGCCAAUGUAUGCUUCUGCACAUAGCGCUGGAGUAGGAGCUUCGCCAGCACCUCCCACUGCAGUGGGAGCUCCGCCAGCACAUCUUACUGGAGUAGGAGCGCCACCAGCACAUCUUGCAGGACUAGGAGCUUCGCCAGCACCUCCCACUGGAGUGGUGGUUCCGCCAGCACAUCUUGCAGGAGUAGAAGCUUCCCCAGCACCUCUCGCUGGCGUGGGAGCUCCACCAGCACCCCUCAUUGGAGUAGGAGCUCCACCAGUGGGAGCACCGCCAGUGGACGCUACAACUAUUGCACCACCGGCCGCACUGCCACCUAGCUUGGCUCCAUCGUCUGGCAAUCCCUUCAAGCGCUCCACGGGUCUAAAUAAGCGAGUUAACAUUAUGGCCGAUCCUGCGGCAGGCGCUCCAUCGCCCCAGGCACCUGCUGCAAUGGCUCCAGUGGCACCAAUAGCAGCAAUUCCGCCACCAGCUGAGCAGCUCUUUGGUCUGCCAGCAGAGGCUCAUGGAGAUAGUUUCAACUUAAUGGCGGCGCCACCUGUUGAGGCUUCACUUGUAGCUCCACUAAGUGCAGCUAUUCCUGCACCCAUUCCUGUACCUACCGCAUCGCUGUAUGCCCCACCGGCUGUUCCACAGGCAUUUACGCCCUUGGAGCCGGACAACCAGGAGGUUUUGUCCGCGCCAAAUGACGAGCGGGCCCAGUACUUGCAGACCAGUCACCUGUCCGAGCAACUGGGCGAAGGCGAAGCUGAUCAGGAUGCAGGCCUGCUGCCACCACCGGGACUGUCUCGUUUGGUUUUGGGCCAACCGGAAUUGGAUUCGCAGCAGCAGCGCCAGGUCACGGGAGCCACAGAGCAGCCACCACUUAAUGUGGCCCAGGCAGCAGCUCUACACAUGCAAGAGCGUCGUGCAGAUGGCGAGGACACCUCUGACGGCGAGCAACAAGUACGUAAUAUACAGACGCCACCACGUCGCGUCGUAACUGGCGUGGAGACCAACGCCCCAUCGUUGAGAGAACAGCGGGAAGUGGUGCUGGAUGGCGAGAAUCUGGAGGAUCGCGAAGCUAUACCGCCACCAACUUUGGCUGAACAGCCAACCACUUCAGUACAUCACAAUAUUCUACCCGAUGAGCCGGAGCAGCUGCAUCACAGCAAUCCGCCCCAGGCGAUGACUCCGCUUAAUCCGCAGCAACCACAUCAGCAGCAGCCACUGCUGCAGCAGCAGCACCAGCAACAUGCAACCCCUCAGCAGGAGAAGAAACGUACGGCGGUCGGACGCCGAACCACAGCCUCGCUGGAUCUGGAGUCCGAUGAGUCUGACGAGUUUCUGCAGAGCGAAAGGGAACGCGAUCGGGAGCGUGAGCGCAGAGACCUAAUGGAGGAGAGGCAAGGUCGUGGUCGCAGCCAUGGUCAUUACCCCUACGAAGGCGAAACGGAGGACUCUGUGCGUGGUGCUACCCACCACGAGACGAAAUCCCUAAGGGAAACACAUCACAAACGUAACCACGAAUCGACGCGCUCUCGCCGCCAUCAGGAUUCCAAGGUGGAACGCGAAAGGGAACGGGAUAGGGAGCGUGAUCGCACAUGGCGCCGACGAUCCAACAAGUAUCACAGUGGUGGCGAGGAUCCCGAUCGUUCGUACGAUCAUUCGCGUCGUUACAACAACAGCAAUUACGAUGGUGAGUCCGAUAAUCCGGAGUAUAGUCACCUGGGCGAUGCCGAGCUGGACGGCAGCGGUGGUCGGAGCAGUAAAACCAGUCGCCAUCGACGCAGUGCCGCCGAGGAGGAUUUCGAUGAUUACGAACGGGAUCGCAAUCGAUCCCGUCGCUCAACCAAACCACAAUCGUCCGCUGAAAAGUCACGCUCCUCUGGCGGACGACGGAAUUACGAGAAUACGGGUCGUGGUGCCCGUACCGAUGAUGGUCGCCGACGUUAUCAGGACCAGCGUAAUCCUGGUGCUCAGUAUCCCGUAUCAGCCACUGGCUAUGUUCCCUACGGAAUGUACGAGCAAAUGUCGCGGAAUCCACAAGUCUACGCUGAUAUGUAUGCGAAGUUCUAUGGCCAAAUGAUCAACUCGAUGAACGCUGCUGUUACGGCGGCUGCCUCUAAGGGCGGUGUUCCCGCUGGAGCUGGAGUCAUACCCGGUUUGGUGCCCGGCACGGUGCCCGUGAGUGCCGCCCAGUUGGUGGCCGCCACCAGCGGAGGAAGUGUCAGCGGAAGCAGUGAUGCCGCCAUGCUCAGGGAACGAGAAAGGUAUACACACGCAUACAUAACCCAAGCCAAUGAAUUCCAUCGUCACCAAUACAAAGAGCUGAUCUACCAGCAACAACAACAACAACUGCAGCAGCAGCAACAACAACAACAGCAGAGGGAGGAUCAACUGAACUCCAGCUUUAGCGUUGCCGAGGAUAAUGCCAGUUAUUACGGAUCCCGCGGAGGUUCCAUCUAUAACCAAUACCAAUCAUAUCCACUCUCCAGUGCCCGAUCGCUGAGUAACUUGAACGGCGAUGGACGCAACUCCCGAUGCGGACCGCAUUACGCUGGUUCCGAAUGCGGUCUCGAUAUCAGAGCUGCUGCCGAGGCGGCACCUUCGACUUAUGGAGGCGUGGCUGGAACCGCUGGAACGGUGACCACUAACGCGGUGGCUCGUCCGCCGCGCAGACGCACUCCCUUGCAGUUCAAUCGACCGCAUUUGGUGGCCUCGUAUGCGAUGAGUCUGCUGCUGAAGGUGAAGCCCAAGUACGCGGGACGCGGACGACUGCGCAACGAUGUGGAGGUGGCGCCACCGCGCAUACGGGACGGAACGAGCAGCCUGCUGCGCAUGUAUCCGGGUCCGUUGCAGGGUCGCAAGUUGCACAAGGACAAGAUCAUCAGCUUCUGCAAGGAGCAGAUCCGACUGGGACCCACAAAGGGUUGCACCGCACUCUAUGCCACGCAGAAGAAGCCCCAAGGCAGUGUGGCUAAAUACCGUGCCUCCCAUGCGCUCAUGUGGCAUCUGCUUAUACUGUUGCUGCGCCAAAAUGGGUACAUUGCGGACACGGAUGUGGGCGAUCUGCUGCUGGAGAACCAGCAAGAGUAUCCAUACGAUCCCAGCGAGUUCGAACCAGAGAACGAACCAGACGUGGACGCCGAACAGGAUGUCGCUGCACCAGCGGACAAGGCAGGAGAUUCGGAUUUGGAUAGCGAAUCGGCAGCAGGAGUUACGCCUGCAGAACCACUUGCAGCGGGUGCCGCAACGAGCUCAUCCAAUGGCGCUGAUGCUGCGAACGCAGCGCAGACAGGACAGACGCCUCUGUCGGAACAGGCGGCAACGGACAAGUUCCGCAGCUAUGUGUUGCGCGGAAAUGUCGAGGAGGCUCUCCAGUGGGCCGCCGAUAACAACCUGUGGACGCAUGCAUUCUUUUUGGCCCUCUACGAGGAUCGCUAUGCUCUCACAGAUGUUGCCCAGAAGUUUCUCAAUCGAGCGAUCAAGGCGAACGAUCCAUUGCAGACACUCUACCAAAUGAAGAGCUGCCACACGCCGGCGUGCGUCAGCCAGCUGCGGGAUGAACAGUGGGGCGACUGGCGGUCGCAUCUCUCCAUUCUGGUGACGAACAAGAGUCGCCAGCCGGAGUAUGAUCGCAGUUCGGUAGUGGCCCUCGGCGAUACGCUGUUCCAGCGCGGCGAUAUUUAUGCGGCACACUUUUGCUAUCUGGUGGCUCAGGAGGAGUUCGGGCGAUACGACAGCUCUGCCACCGAGCUCACUACUCUGACCGCCAAUGUGCCCAGGCUUAUCCUGCUGGGCUCCUCGCAUUACAAGCACUUCAAUGAGUUUGCCAGCAACGAGGCCAUCAUCAUGACCGAGAUCUAUGAGUAUGCUCGAUCGCUGUUCGAUCCGAAGUUUAGCAUUGCCCACUUCCAACACUACAAGUUCCUGCUGGCCACAAGGAUCCUUGAUUAUGGCCAGCAUUUCCGCUGCACCAAUUAUUUGGAACAAAUCGCCAGGCACAUCGAACUGAAGCCAGAAAGCUACGACAGUGAUUUCAUUCAGCGGGUUUGUGGUUUGGCCGAACGUCUGCGCUAUCAUGAUCCCAUUCUUAUCAAUCGUGUAUCUUUUGCGAGUCCUCCGAAUGCCACCAGCAAGGAUAGUGCUGCUCCCGAAGAGAAAGCCUGGUUGCGCCAGCUGAGAUCUCUGGCCAAUGUGCAGCCCCAACAGGAGCAACUGCAACAGCUGCAGCAGCAUCAGCAAAUCCAGCAGGAGCAAAACGACAUCGAUCAGCAGUUUGCAGAGGUGAAUAAGCAAUUCAGGGAGCUAAACAUGCAAUACGAGAGCCACAGCAACAUAGAGAAUACGCUGCAAUCGCAAUUGCAACCGGUGGAUCAACAGCCGCCACAGCAGCAGCAGCAGCAAGUUUUAUCGGAAGCGCACCAACAGCCACCGCCACCACAACAAUAUUAUGAGCCACCACCUCAAGCGCCAACUGAAACGGAUCCCUAUGGACAGGGCCAACCAUCCUACUAUGAUCCCAAUGCGGGGCAGCAUCAAUACGAUCCCAAUGCGGGCCAGCUUCAUUACGAUCCAAAUGCUGCACAUCAUCAAUACGACCAGCAAUCUCAAGCGCAACCUACUCCCAGUUAUGGCCAAAUAGAGCCAGGAACUGAGGCCUACCAACCUGGACAGACAACAGCAGAUCCAGCUGCGGCUGCCUCUGGCUACGGAUACGAUUACUGGUCGGGCACACAGCAGCCACCAUAUGGCGAUGAGCCCAAUGAGAAUCAAGCUGCUCUUAAGGAUGAAGAGGAGGUGGAGGAGGAGGAGCAGGAUGAACAGCAGAUAUUGCAGUACGCCAAACAGCAGAUUUUGCAGCAAACCAAGCAGCAACAGCAGCAGCAGUUGCAGCAGGAGCAACAUACUCGCAGCAAUGGCGCUGCCAGCAUCAACAAUCGCUUCAAAUCGAACGCUCUAAAGCAGCAGGAACGGAGCAGCGGUUCAUUGCGGAAAAGGCAAGAGGCGUCACGAACAGGAACAAUAGCAGCGGCAGCAGCAGCUAUUGCCCAGAUAACACCGGCAACAGUUGCCGCCGCAUCGACGACACCAGCAGCAUCGGCAAAGGCAUUCAAUUUGAAUGAUGUAAGUAGCUUUUCCAACACAAAUAAACGACAUCAAGCUACCAGCAGCACCAACAGCAGCAGCAGCAGCAGCAGCAGCAAUCGCAGCAGCAGCAACCAAACAGCAGUAGCAGCAACAAAAGCUGCAGCAGCAGCAGCAGCAAGAGCAACAAUACCUGCUGUCCCUAAUCAAUUACUAAGUUGUAGAAAGUCUAACAGCCAGAAUAGCCCAUACUUAGCCACGCCCAAAACGCUUACCACGCCCACACGUUUCAUAGCCGCUAAAGCAGCCACUGUUACAGCCACGCCCACAGCGCCCGCCACUUCGACGACAACGUCCACAGGUGCUAGAGGAUCAUCGACCAAACGGGUUUACUUUAAUCUACCGUCGACCAUCGCUGAGUCGGAGCAAGAGUUCGAGCAUGAGCUGGACUAUGAGGACGAGGAGGAGUUGGAGGAGGAGAACACUAUGGCACUGGCACAAGCGAAACCAAACGUUCAUCUAACGCGAAAGCCGCAUAUUGUCUUUAAUGGAACGUAUCCCAUUGACAUGCCACUGACCCAGGGGCAGAGUCAACUCAAGAACAACUCGUAUGAUCCGGAGGCGAAUACAGAUCGUGGCGAUAUACAGCGCUAUAGGAACUACAUGCUCCAUGAUUAUGUUAUAGAUGAGGAUGCCGAGGGCGAGGAGCAGGCCGAAGAAGACGGCGAAGAGGACGAGUAUGGCGAUGAGGAUUUAUACCCAUAUGCCGACGACGACGAGAGCUUCGAUGAUGGCGAUUACUAUACCCAUCAACUGCUCAAUAAGUAUGGGAUUAUACCGAGCGGUGAACAAAGGAGUGUCGAGAGAACACCGGCAUCCGUGGAGGCAGCUACUACAACCGCGGCCCAGCCGCAACACGUGUGGUCCAUGAAGGAGCUGAUUGCCAAUCCAGCCAUACCGCUUAACUACAAGAAAAUGUGCUCCGAGGUGGAGCAGAGCCUCAGUCGUUUCGAGAACUAUUUGGACAGCAAAAAGGAGCAACAGCUGCCACCGGGAGUUGCAACUGCAGUGCGCACCUUCGACAUCGAUGCACCCACGCGAAGAGGCCACCGAAGCAGCACAACCGCAAAUGCUGGCUUGGCCCUUAGAUCUAAGAAGAAAUUGUAAACAAACUUACGACAAAUGCAAUUUUAGCCCUAGUAAUUUACCCACAAAAUGAUCAGUAUUUAGCAAUUACCAAAGUGUUAGGUAACAAGAAAAUAUGGAGGAGCAAGUGCAUCGCUGCUUUUUUGGGAGCUUUCUGUACUGUACCUGGAGCUUGUCUUAACUGUUAGCUGUUAAAUCUAUACACCUAGUCUUAAUGCCCCUAAGCAAUAUGUUAUCACUAAGCCUUAUAUACGAUAAUUGUGAGCAAGAGUUUUUUGACUGCGCCAGUUACUUUGACAUGUUUCCGUUGUUCAUUCGAUUCGAUUCGAUUUGAUUCGAUUUAACUAACCCAUAACUACUCUGUUACUAACCAACCCAAACACUUAACUAUGAUCUAUGACUUAUCUAUUGACUAAUCCGAUUGCAUCUCACAGAAGACUAAUCCGUUGCCAUUUCUUAACUCCAACCUCAAUUUUGCCAUCCGCACAACAGCUGCAGCAGCAGACGCGCCCGGCGAUAUCCAUGCCCAAAUCAAAGAGCUAUGGAGAUGAGGACGAUGGUGGUUCCGGCGGUAUGUCUGAUCCUGGCCAGAAAGCCAAGCUUGGAGGCUCCUCUGAGGCUGCUGGCAAACAGCA